AUGCUGCAGGUUUUAUGGAGAGGAAAGGCUUUAGCACUCAGAAAUUCCCUCUACGCAUGGUUACCCACACACAUUGACGUAUAUAGGCAGAAGGGUGUGACGGGAAAAGUUGAAGUGAAUGGGAGAGAAAGGAACCUGCGCAUGUUCCGCCACCAAAGCAGCUACAUCCCUCAACAGGACCACGUGAUCCCCUGCCUCACAGUCAUGGAGUCCAUGCUUGUUGCCGCCAACCUCAAACUUCCAACCUCUAAAUCUUUCAAAGAGAAACACAAUGCCGUUGUGCAGAUCCUACAACAUUUAUCGAUGCAGGAGUGUGCGGAGACAAGGGCAUCGUGCUUGUCGGGCGGAGAGAGGAAGCGGCUUUGCAUCGCCCUUGAGCUCAUCGCCGACCCUCCGAUCCUCUUCCUUGACGAACCCACCAGUGGACUGGACAGCUCUACCUGCCAGCAAUGCGUGAGCCUGUUAAGCAUGCUAGCACACGAGGGUAGAACCGUGAUCUGCACAAUCCACCACCCCAGCGCGAAAAUCCUGGAGAAAUUCGAUCAUCUGAUUCUCCUCGCCGAGGGACGCAGUCUUUACCACGGCACUGUCACUUCACUGUUGCCCUUUCUGCGUCAGUUCGGUCUUCAUUGUCCUACGUAUCACAAUCCCGCCGACUAUGCGAUGGAAGUGGCGUUCGGAUUCCACGGGAGGGAAGCGGUGAAUGUGUUAUUCGAUGCUGCCAAAUUGAAAACCGUAAUGCCUCGCAAGCAAGCGGACACCGAUCUACAAGUGAGCUUGAGUCCCGAUAGCGAGUCCUCCCUUUCUACUGCAUCUUCCGGUGUAGGGAAAGGAAUGAAGGUUAUGUCGGACACAAGGCCAAAGACGACCGAGGACGCAGUGGCGGAAUACGCGGUGUCCUUCACGAGCCAGGUAGGGUGCCUGUUCCUGCGAUGUGUGAAGGUGUCCACCAGAGAUUUGUGGCUCAUGUACUUCCGGGGGGGAGCACAUAUCUUCAUCGGUCUCUUCAUGGGGAUCUUCUUCUUCGACAUGGGCGACGACGCCACGCUGGUGUUCCACAACGUCCGCUCUGUCUUCUUCACUAUGCUCUUCCUGGUCUUCGCCUCCAUGCUCCCGACCACAGUGACGUGUGAGUUUCUCGAGACUGAAAGUCUCACUUCCUCUCAUGGGCUUAUUUUUUCUCUCAUAUACGUGGCGAUCUGGUACUUCAUGAGUUCGCAGCCCAUUGACGCCCAAAGAUUCCUCCGGUUUCUUGCCCUGAGCGCAUUCGUUUCCAUUAUUUGCCAGUCUCUGGGACUCAUGAUCGGCACUGUCUUCCCCAUCCAGGUCAGUCUUUAAUUAUGGUUCCACUAUCUCAG